CUAGCGGUACAGACACUCUGGCCACAGCACCAGCACAUGCAUUACUGAAGUUGUACAGUGUGUAACUAGCUUAUUCAACUCCUAUACAGCUGACAUAUGUUGUAUUGAUGUUCAACGCUUGACAGGACACACAGCAAACUAUAUUUUAAUGCUGGGACAGAGAGCUGUUAUUAUACAGUGAUUGUUUAUGUAUAACAGUAGUGAAGAUCGACGCGGUAGCUUGCCUUUAUCAGUAUGUCUUACUUGGAGUGGGCUGAGUCUCAGCUGGCAGAGAUCGAGCUGCUGACCAGCAUGUUUCCCACCCGGGAGGAGCUGGAGAUCACAGACCAGCUAGCACUAGCCGAGCUCAGGGACUAUGUGGAGGGUUCAGCUUCAACAGACUGCCCCCCUCCCUCCAGACCCCACUUUCUCAUCAAACAGAAGCUGGACACUGCAAGCAUGGAGAGGACUGAUGUAAUUCUAUCCUGUACUUAUCCAUCCGAAUAUCCCAGUGUGUUACCAGAAAUAACACUCCGCUCUAGGUGUGCAGAUCUCAGCAGGACCCAGCAGACGCAGCUCCACACAGAUCUCAAUGCGUAUCUCAUGGAAAACUGCCUGGGGGAAGUGUGUGUGCUCUCCGCUGUGGAAUGGGUGAAAGACAACCUGCAGCUUUUCAUUAACAAGAGCUUAUCAGCAGCACCGACUCCUAAGAAAGAGUCUUCCUCUCCACGGCCACAGGAGACGUUCAGCCGUCUGUGGAUUUACAGUCAUCACAUCUACAACAAGACGAAGAGGAAGAACAUCUUGGAGUGGUCCAAGGAGCUGGGCCUGUCAGGAUUUAGCAUGCCUGGGAAACCUGGUAUUGUGUGUGUGGAAGGUCUUCAUUCUGCCUGCGAGGAGUUCUGGUCCAGAGUGAAGGUUCUGACAUGGAAGAAGAUCAUGAUUCGACACAGAGAGGAUUUUCCCCUUGAUGGUCAGUGCGGGGACAACAGGACUGUAGAAAGUAUAGACUCCCGGCGCAAAUUCACAGGCUUUGAAGAGGCAAUGUUUGACCCCCAUGGGAACAGAGGUAAUCACAUGGACCUUGGGCAGCUCUACCAGUUCUUAAAUGAGAAAGGCUGUUGUGAAAUAUUUCAGAUGUAUUUUGGCAUUGAAGGGAGGUGAUUGCUGGACCCAAAGAACGAACAUUCCUAAGAAUUUGACAAGUGCCUGCCGAAAGUCACUUCUUUUGAAAUGUGUAUUUACUAAAAAUGUAAAAAGGAUUCAUAACUGUUUCACAUACAGUACAAUAAGCACACACAGGGACUGAGCAUGUGGUCACAUGUGCCUGAAAAAACUGAUUUGAACAACAUUUCUGCAAUGUUGAGAAACUAAAACUUACUUUAAGCUGUUAGGCAUGUUUUUCAAAAAGAAGCAAUAAAAAGAUGUUUAUCUGAAAGUUUA